AUGUCUGUACCAGAUUACGAAACAGCUCUUCCGGAUAUAUUUUCAGAAGGAUCCAUCGAUGAUGCCCCGGGCUCUACCCCUGGGAUAAAGGGCACUGAUCCCAACCUAAAGGGCAACACCCAUGACAAGGAUGUCGGGGCGAAGAUGAAGUCGUCUGCCAAGGGCUUUGCAGACAUUAUAGAGUACCAAAAGUCCAACCCCGACGGCGGCAUCGACAUUCAGAUCCUCCAAACCAGUCAAUACAUCCCCCAGGGCCCAAAGACCAAACGCAAGGAAAAGGAUUACGAUAGCUACGCCAUUGUCCUCCGAAGAACCAUUUCCCAGGACCUCGAGAGCAAGCCCCGACUUGUGCGGGUUGAGAUUGAGAUCCAGUCUCCGGCCCUCUGCGCCGCUCUGCGGAGUAUUGUGUGUAGCACAUACGAAGGCACAAACUUUGACACGGUGCCCAUCCAGAUCUCGUCGCCCUUUUACGAGUUGUUUUUCUAUCAUCAGGACAUCAAGACUCGCGCCGAGGAUAAGAGCAUCGACAGCGACCUCCGCCGCGAGUUACUGCUUCUUGCUGGGUUUAUUACCAAAAAUGGUCUCUUGUCGAGCAUCAUCCAGGACCAUGCUCGGUAUACGGAAAAAGGCCAAGUCCCGGGAGACAUGAUUUGGACUUUGUAUCCCCCCAAUAGUUUAGUCGUCUUUAACGGCAACUUUGUCAAAGAAUGCUGGGUCGUCCGGAGUGUGCGCCGAGUCGUCGACAACUUUGGGAUAGACUGGUGGCAGGUGUCGGGAUUCCGGCUCGGGUGCAACGGCAGCACCCCGGGGUUGGUCCGCCAAAACAUCAUGGUGGCAAGGGUGACGAUUCGCUUGUAUAACAUCUCCGAGCUCCGGCUCGUCCCGACCCAAUAUUUCCGUGACUGGGGCAAGCUGGAGGAAACAUUCAAGGCAAGAGCCGAACUGGUCACUCGGGUAUUGGGCGACACGCUGUGCGAGUAUCGAGCCCAGACGUACAAUGGCACUGCGUGGGAGGGAAUUAGCGCCCAGGAAACGCAUGAUGAGGCGCAACCCCCUCCCUGGGGGAUGAAGGUUAAACAGAUUGACGAGCGGGUCUUGGUCGACAUUAAAGGUUUUACCAACGACCAAGUAAACGUCACGGCCGAGCUCGUCGAUCUCAGGGUUCGCGACGGGCACAGGCUGGAGACGGGCCAAAACGCGUCGCCGGGACGCGGUCUCGUGCCCUCAUACCGGCCGGCCAAGUCACGGUGCAGCGACCCGCAAUGCCAACGCGAGGAGUGCAAGGUGUCGGCUGAGGGUGGGCUGGAGCACACACCCAAUUUCGACAUUCACAAGAUCCUUGAGCCCAGGCCGUUUGCCCAUGAUACCGAAGUGCCACCCGACGACGAGAUUGACUACUACCCAAAGGACUUGGACGGGUUGGCCAAGACGGUCGAGAGCGUCCUGGGUGUGCCAAGGAAGCAGCUCAUGCUGUUGUUCCCCGCGCUCGUGCCGGCCUUUGGACUUAAGAGUAAACGGUGGCGGUGGGUGCUGGCCGACCGGCUGGUUGAAGUUGCCUGGAGCAAGAAGGCCUUUGAGUCGUUGCGGCUACGUCUGAGCACAAAACAGCUCAUUCAGUGUCUGGUCGAAGGACACAAAGAUAGCGUCAAUACUGGAUUCGACGACGUUGUGGCGGGCAAGGGGCAGGGGCUUAUUUUUCUGCUUCAUGGAGACGUAGGCCUCGGCAAAACCCUGACCGCUGAGGGAAUUUCCGACCACCUCAAACGCCCACUGUAUUCCAUUUCUGGCGGCGAGCUCAGCACAGACGUGGAUCGGGCAGAGAAACGGUUGGACCGUGUCUUUGAUCUCACCAAACGUUGGAACGCCGUGGCGUUACUGGACGAGGCCGAUGUUCUGCUAUGCAAGCGGAACUCGUCCGAGAUGGACCGAAAUGCUAUGGUUGGAGGCAAGUAUCUCUUCCUCCGCAAGCUUGAAUACUUCCAGGGUGUUCUCUUCCUCACCACCAACCGCAAGCAAGACCUUGACGAGGCCUUCAAGAGCCGCAUCCACGUUACGAUCUCAUACCCGGCGCUUGAUGCUGCCGCGAGGUCGGCCAUUUGGCGUGAUCUGGUUAACAAGAACGCGCAGGCGGGCGUCAACGUGGACGCCUCAUGGACGACGGAAGAUGAGCUGUACGAUGCUCUCGGCGAGCUAAAUUUCAAUGGCCGCACCAUCAAAAACAUACUCCGCACCGCCGCCGCCUACAGUUACGGGGAUCGGAAGCCCCUCAAUGCACGACACGUUCUGACGAUUGUGCAGACCGAGCUGAGCGAACUCAGCGAUGAUUCUCUAGUAGUACCAGAGAAUUCGGGUGCGGUGGACGACGGGAGGGAAAGGCAGGAACGGGGACAUGUUAAGAGGGCGUUGGAAGAGCUGGAGCAGCUCGUACAGUCGCGAGAGAAGGCCAGUAAUAUGGCUGGUUGA